UGGCGAGUGAAUUUUGCUGUAGCGCUGUAACGGGAGUUGUAGUGUUUACAGCGUUGAUCCAACGGGACGCCUGAGAGGAAAACUUUCUGAAGAGUUUUGUCUGAGAAAAAAAGAUUCCGAAGGUGGGUGGGUCUCAGCGUGAGUGAGCGUCUUUCUUUGCUCUGCCAGGAGCCAGGAUCAGACCAGGUAGGGGACCUGGAUGUGUCUUCACACCCACUGAGGAUGAUCUGAACUGGGAAGAAUCCUCCAAAGUGUCCCCCCUCCACAAAGAUAUGGCCUCAGCAACGUCCAGCCCAGGAUCAGCUUCCCCCGGCUCGCAGGUUCAUGCGGCAGCUGUCAACGGAGAUAGAAGCGCCCUCGUCAAACUCAUCACAGCGGAGCCCCAGUUGAGGGACCAUGAGGACCAGUUUGGCCGCACCCCCUUGAUGUACUGUGUGCUGGCCGACCGGCUACACUGCGCUGAUGUUCUGCUGAAGGCCGGCGCCUUGGUCAACAAGACGGACCACAGCCAGAGGAGCGCUCUGCACCUGGCAGCACAGAAGGGCAAUGUGCGUUUCCUGAAGUUGCUCCUGUCCAGGCGUGCCAACUGUCUGCAGAAGGAUUUGGAGGGCAUGACCCCCCUCCACCUGGCCACGCGACACCCGUCUCCCAAAGCCCUCGCCCUGCUGCUCAAACACAUCGGGCCUGGAGAGGUGGACACGCAGGACAAAAAUAAGCAAACCGCUCUUCACUGGUCAGCAUUUUAUAACCGACGGGAGCACGUCCGCCUUCUCAUCAAGCACGAUUCCAACAUCGGCAUCCCGGACAGCGAGGGCAAGAUUCCUCUGCACUGGGCUGCACACAGUCAGGAGGCCAGCGCCACGCAAACUGUCCGCUGCAUACUGGAAGCAGCGCCCACUGAGUCCCUGCUGAACUGGCAGGACUAUGAGGGUCGGACGCCUUUGCACUUUGCUGUUGCCGACGGAAACGAGGCAGUGGUUGAGGUGUUAACGUCUUAUGAGGGUUGCAAUGUCACGGCUUACGAUAACCUCUUCAGAACGCCGCUGCACUGGGCGGCGCUGCUGGGACAUGCAAAAAUUGUCCAUCUGCUGCUGGAGAGAAACACGUCUGGGACGAUUCCUUCAGACAGCCAAGGAGCGACGCCGCUGCAUUAUGGGGCUCAGAGCAACAACGCUGAGACGGUCGGUGUGUUUCUGUCUCACCCGUCUGUGAAAGACGAGCCCGACCUGGAGGGCCGGACGGCCUUCAUGUGGGCCGCCGGGAAGGGAAGCGAUGAAGUCAUCCGCACCAUGCUCACCCUCGUCCCUCGCAUCGACAUCAACAUGGCCGACAAGUAUGGCGGCACCGCGCUCCAUGCGGCCUCCCUGUCGGGCCAGGUGAGCACGGUGAAGCUGCUGCUGGAGAAGGGAGCGACAGUCGACUCUCUGGACGUCAUGAAGCACACACCGCUAUUUCGUGCCUGUGAGAUGGGAUACAAAGAUGUUAUCCUCACGCUCAUCAAAGGUUCUGCUUGUGUAGAGCUGGUUGAUGUGGACGGUCACACUGCUCUCCACUGGGCAGCUCUGGGGGGGAACGCCGAGGUCUGCCAGAUACUGAUGGAGAACGGGAUCAGUCCCAACGUCCAGGAUCACGCAGGACGCACUCCGUUGCAGUGUGCUGCAUACGGUGGUUACAUCACAUGCAUGGCGGUUCUGAUGGAAAACAACGCUGACCCAAAUAUACAGGACAAGGAGGGGCGGACUGCGCUUCACUGGUCCUGCAACAACGGAUACCUGGAUGCUGUGAAGCUGCUCCUGGGCUACAACGCCUUCCCCAACCAGAUGGAGCACACCGAGGAGAGAUAUACGCCUCUGGACUACGCUUUACUGGGGGGGCACAGUGAGGUGACCCAGUUCAUGCUGGAGCACAGCGCUCUGUCCAUCGCCGCCAUCCAGGACAUCGCCGCUGCCACCAUCCAGGCCGUCUAUAAGGGAUACACCGUCCGAAAGGCCUUCAGGGAGAGGAAGCAGCUCCUCAUGCGACACGAGCAGCUGCGCAAAGAUGCAGCCAAGAAGAGAGGAGAAGAGCAGCGAAGGCGAGGCGCGACACAGCAUGUUGGAGCGGACGGUGCGGACAAACCAAGGGUUUCGCUUCUGAGAGCUGAGCAGGAGGCGCUCUCCUUAACGAACAUUGUGGAAGACCUAACCAUGUAUGAUUCAUCUGUCAAUACGAAGAAACACGCCAAGGUCAAAGAGCGGAGGCAUAAAGGCCAGAACAUCAGGAUUUCCAGAAGAGGUGUUGCAGCUGAGCGACAAGAAGCUUUGAGCUGCAGCUCCGCCCUGAGCGACCGCUCUCCACCCGAAGCCCCACAGCACAGCCGGCUGAAGAAGCUUCUCUCUCCCACCGGCUCCAGAGAACCCCCAACUCUUAAACUUACACCUCCCACAGCGGCCAUAGCUGCCGGAGAACGGUCUUCCUCUGUCGCGUCCGCUGCAUCCGCAACGGCCUCCUCUGCAGACCGAGCUGAGGCGAACUCAAGAGACGGCAGAAAGAAAGAGCCUGCCACGACUGGUCACUCUUCACGCAAGCACCGGAACCACAAAGAGCCAAGUUCAGAGGUCAGACAUCAAGCUCCAUCACUGAGGAGCAGCUCGUCUUUAGAUCACAAAAGGCCCCGCAGGAAAACGCAGCCUGGUGGGAGGGAGCAUGAGAAGGAGCAGGUGAGGAGGAACGAGGCCGCCAGGAUCAUCCAGCGAGCGUGGCAGAGGUUCCGUGCACACAGGAAGACAGAGGUGAGGGCCUGUGAAGAAGCCGAGCAGAGCAAGUCGAGCUGCACCCCCGGAAGGAAAAAAGUGGAAAACAGAGCAGCAGCGCUUGGCAAACCUGCGUCGAGUAAAAGCUCUGUGCUGCAGAGCAUCUAUGGCAACUCUAUGGCGAGACGAGGACGCUCGCUUCAGGGCUCUCAGCCUCACCUCUUGCUGAACGUUCCCCUACGCACCCAGAGUCAGUUGGGCGGUUUAGACUGCAUUCACCUGACCGGCGCCUUGACUCAAGCCAAGCUGUACUCCUACCACCUGAGACCACAGAGCGCAGGACAGGGGAUGAGAGGACGGGGCAAACACUGAACACACACACUGUGUUUACCAACAGUGCAUUGGAUAAACAGAUUUCAGUGUAUUUUAUUGGGAUUUUAUGAGGUAGACUACCACAUAGCUUCUGUAAUCUUGAAGUAAAAAUCUAAAAAAAAAAAAAGAUAUGGCAUGUUUUUUGUUUUUCAGCUUCAAGACGUUUGGGGUUCAUCUAAACAUGAAAUAUCUGGGCAGGUUGCAUGGAGGACGUUGCAACAUAUUAGUUUAAAUGACUACUGAACUUUGACUGGGACACCUUAGGGCUAGGUAAUUAAUCCAUUUUAAUCUAUUAAUCAAAUUUUUGGUUUUUGAAGAUUUAAUUUUUGGAAAAUCUGAAUCCCCCCCCACUGCUAUCUUGUUUGAUAAGCGUGUUUUACAGCUUUUUUGACUUUUGGAAAUUUUCUGAGUUUCAAAUAUCUACAAUGGCCCUAAUAUGCCAUCAUAAAAAUCUUUAUGUUUAACCUA